AAUUUACAGGGUAUUUCAAUAUGUUCUUAUGGCCCCGGGUAAUUAAACUCGCAUCUUUUGUAGCUAAGCAGCUAGCGUGCCAUCUAGCUAACACUAUUAGCAACCUAGUUAGUUAAUAACAAUCGGUCAAACGCUUGAUUUUGACAGCUGUCAAUGCCACGCAUUGUUUGUCAGUUUCAGCUCCUUUACUAAAUCUUUAAAAAAUAGUGAUUCAUUUACAGCAACUUGUAUCUUUGGUGAAUAACUGACUUAAUGCUAACGUUAGAUGCAAAGGCAGUCUGUGUUGAAGCAACAUUUGCAUUAUGACAGCUGGCUGUUGACUGCCAGUUAUUGCCGUAACGCAGCAAUUAGGCCUUACUGUGAUCAUACUCAGUUCAUAUAUUUGUUCCCAAAGGGCCACAGAUCUGGUGGUCAUGAUGCAGUGCUAACACAGUUCCUACACAUUUGAAUGAGAACCGACAAUUUGGAUCCAAGAUGACGGACUCCAAGUAUUUCACCACUACAAAGAAAGGAGAGAUAUUUGAGCUGAAAGCUGAGCUGAACAGCGAUAAGAAGGAGAAGAAGAAGGAGGCUGUGAAGAAGGUCAUUGCCUCCAUGACCGUUGGGAAAGAUGUCAGUGCCCUGUUUCCAGAUGUGGUGAACUGCAUGCAGACUGACAACCUGGAGCUGAAGAAGCUAGUCUACCUGUACCUGAUGAAUUAUGCCAAGAGCCAGCCCGACAUGGCCAUCAUGGCUGUCAACACCUUCGUCAAGGACUGUGAGGACCCUAACCCCCUGAUCCGGGCCCUGGCUGUGCGUACUAUGGGCUGCAUCCGCGUGGACAAGAUCACUGAGUACCUGUGUGAGCCUCUGAGGAAAUGUCUGAAGGACGAGGACCCCUACGUGAGGAAGACUGCAGCUGUGUGUGUGGCCAAGCUCCAUGACAUCAACGCCCAGCUGGUGGAGGACCAAGGCUUCCUAGACACCCUCAAGGACCUCAUCUCUGACUCCAACCCUAUGGUGGUUGCAAAUGCUGUGGCAGCCCUGUCUGAGAUUGCAGAGUCCCACCCCAACAGCAACCUGCUGGACCUGAACCCCCAGUCCAUCAACAAGCUGCUGACGGCCCUCAACGAGUGCACCGAGUGGGGUCAGAUCUUCAUUCUGGACUGCCUGGCCAACUACACCCCUCGCGAUGACCGCGAGUCCCAGAGUAUCUGUGAGCGGGUGACCCCUCGUCUGUCCCAUGCCAACUCUGCGGUGGUGCUGUCGGCUGUCAAGGUGCUGAUGAAGUUCAUGGAGAUGCUUCCUAAGGACCUGGACUACUAUGGCACCCUGCUGAAGAAGCUGGCCCCGCCCCUGGUCACCCUGCUGUCUGCAGAGCCCGAGCUGCAGUACGUGGCCCUGAGGAACAUCAACCUCAUCGUACAGAAACGCCCAGAGAUUCUGAAGCAUGAGAUGAAGGUGUUCUUUGUGAAGUACAACGACCCCAUCUACGUCAAGCUGGAGAAACUGGACAUCAUGAUCCGCCUGGCAUCUCAAGCCAACAUCGCCCAGGUGCUGGCAGAGCUGAAGGAGUAUGCCACUGAGGUGGAUGUGGACUUUGUGCGGAAGGCAGUCCGAGCCAUCGGCCGCUGUGCCAUCAAAGUGGAGCAAUCAGCAGAGCGCUGUGUGAGCACCCUACUGGACCUCAUCCAGACCAAGGUCAACUAUGUGGUGCAGGAGGCCAUCGUGGUCAUCAAGGACAUCUUCCGCAAGUACCCAAACAAGUAUGAGAGUGUGAUCGCCACGCUGUGUGAGAACCUGGACUCCCUGGAUGAGCCGGAGGCGCGGGCAGCCAUGAUCUGGAUCGUAGGAGAGUAUGCUGAGAGGAUCGACAACGCUGACGAACUGCUGGAGAGCUUUCUGGAGGGCUUCCACGAUGAGAGCACCCAGGUGCAACUGCAGCUGCUGACAGCCAUAGUGAAGCUGUUCCUGAAGAAACCCACAGAGACUCAGGAGCUGGUGCAGCAGGUGCUGAGCCUGGCCACACAGGACUCUGACAACCCGGACCUGCGAGACCGUGGCUACAUCUACUGGCGUCUGCUCUCCACUGACCCUGUGGCUGCCAAGGAGGUAGUGCUGGCCGAGAAGCCUCUGAUCUCAGAGGAGACAGACUUGAUUGAGCCCACCCUGCUGGAGGAGCUCAUCUGCCAUAUCGGCACGCUGGCCUCCGUCUACCACAAGCCUCCCAGCGCCUUCGUGGAGGGCAGCCGCGGUGUGAUGCACAAAAGGCUCCCCGCACGCACUGGAUCAGGAGAGGGUACGGAAUGCCCAGAUGUGGGCAAUGCUGCUGGGGGCUCUGCCCCUGAAGCUGCCCCCUCUAUCAUCCCCUCCCAGGGAGACCUCCUGGGGGACCUUCUCAACCUGGACCUGGCACCCCCCACCACCACUGGUCCCACCCCCUCCACCUCCAGCAUGCAGAUGGGGGGCAUGGAUCUCCUUGGUGGAGGUCUGGACAGCCUGCUUGGAGGAGAUAUUGGUGGGAGUCCUGCGAUGGGGGCUGGUUUUGGCGCAGCUCCCGCUGUGAUGCCAGCCUCUCUAAAUGCUCCUGUGGGAGGCGGCCUUGGAGACCUCUUUGACCUCGGAGGGGGGGUUGGUAUGCCGAUGGGAGCAUACAUUCCACCCAAGACAGUGUGGCUCCCAGCCAUGAAGGCUAAAGGUCUGGAGAUCUCUGGGACCUUCGCCCGGCGUGCUGGAGUCAUCCAGAUGGAGCUGGUCCUCACCAACAAGGCCAUGAGCGUCAUGACUGACUUUGCCAUCCAAUUCAACAGGAACAGUUUUGGACUGGCCCCUGCCGGCCCACUCCAGGUCCUCACCCCUCUUGGCCCAAACCAGACCAUUGAAGUCAGCCUCCCCCUCAGCACUGUUGGGCCAGUCAUGAAGAUGGACCCUCUCAACAACCUGCAGGUGGCUGUGAAGAACAACAUUGACGUCUUCUACUUCAGCUGCCAAUACCCCAUCAGCAUGCUGUUUGUGGAAGAUGGAAAGAUGGAGCGACAGGUGUUCCUGGCCACAUGGAAAGACAUUCCUAACGACAACGAGUCUCAGUUCCAGAUCCAAGACUGUCAUCUCAACUCAGAGGCAGCCAGCAACAAGCUGCAGGGCAGUAACAUCUUCACCAUAGCCAAGCGCACGGUGGAGGGCCAGGAUAUGCUUUACAUGUCCAUCAAACUGUCUAAUGGCAUCUGGGUGCUGGCUGAGCUGAAGGUGCAGGCUGGAAACCCCAACUACACGAUCUCUCUGAAGUGCAGAGCCCCGGAGGUGUCCCAGUGUGUGUUCCAGUGCUAUGAGGCAGUGCUGAAGAACUGAACCCCUGACAGGGCUGAAGUAGGGGGGAAUCCUGAGUCAUGGGGACUGGCCCUGACUGGAGGGCGUUCCUGGACCCCCCCCGACAGGCUUCUGAAAGGCCCUUUUCUUUGUAGAAUCUCCAACCCUGCUGUCUGUGUGCCCUCCCUGGGGACCCUGGUUUCUGUUUGUUCUCUGUCACCCAAGCAUUUACCCUCCUCCACUCUACAAGUCCUUAUCUGAUUCAAACUAUGUCCAUGUUUAAAACUGCUGAGGUCUCUGGCCCACAUGAUCCCAAAGCUUUUUCUAUAGACCCAUUUUUUUUCACUCACGUCAAUAGUUGGGACUGGCCUUUGACUUCACCUUCACCUGUGGUUGUAUGUGGCUGGGUGUUUCCCAUUAACCCACCCAGUCUAGUCUGUUUUCUAUGAGACAUCACCACCCAGUCAGAUCUCCCUUAUGAUGGCUUAACCCCAUUUCAACCCCUGCUGCUCUGAUCCAGUCCGCCCACCUCCCAUGAGCCUCUAGUCCUAGGGACACCUGGGCGAUGUGUUCAGGCCGUGCUGUUAGAGGAGGCUGUGAUGCGAUUCUUUCUCGUUGUGACUGUUUCUCCUGAUCUCCCCCCGAUGCCUCCUCUUCUCAUGAUUAUCUCACCUCGCAUCUCUGCAAAUUAGUACCUAUAUUUAGUGUGUGUGUAAUUAGCAGUUCAAUCUCCACUGUCAGCAUACCUCAGUGCUUCACAUUAAAAUGUGACAGUACAGACUGUUUUUCCACAUCUCUGGGCUGUGAAAUACCUGCUGUGUUGCUGUUCUGUCACCUCACAACUUCCUCUCAAUGUCUCCACACACAUGCUCUCUCAGACACGUUCCUCCUUUUUAUUUUAAAGGGAAUUUGAUGUCCCAGCUAGUAAAAGACACUAAAUGGUCCGUGUGAGUUUCGUUUGUUGUUGGCUCAUGUCAUUGGUGUACCCAUUGUUUGUUUUUGUGUGUGCAUGUAUUUGUGUGUUGGGGUGCAUGUGUGCUAUUUGUUAUUUCCGAGGGUUGGAGUAAUGUAUAAUCACCACUACUAUAUACAAUACCUGUCUCUCCCAAAUGCAUUGCACCUUUCCUCUCCUCAUUCCAUUAUCUAUUCCUGGCUUUGUUUGUAGUGUGAUUAGAUGUUUAACUCUGGGCAGGCUAGCGAGGGCCACAGAGGUUUGGGGAUGUUUCUGCUUUGUGCUCUGUCAAUCAGUGUUCCAUGGGCUCUGCCACUUUGUUGCCUUCUCCCCUCUUAGCUGGUCAAGUACCUCUGCCACCUGUCAUAAAGUGGCUUCAAACCACCUGUAUGUUCUGUACUUUACCUGUAUAGGAAACUAACUGUAUAGGUAGCACACAUCAUGAAGUCUUUUGUAUGAAGAAAAUCAGAACAACUCAACGUCACCAUUCUUGUUUUUACCUAGUGUGUCUUUGGGGAAAUAAUUGGAUAUUUAAACCUUUGAACUCUCUGGACCAGCUCCAAAGAGGGAACUCACUAUUUUACUGCAUGGAGAUUAGUGGAUUUACAUCUGUCUGUGUGUGUGUGUGUGUGUGUUUGUGUGUCUGUCUCUGUCUGUCUCUGUCUGUCUCUGUCUGUCUCUGUGUGUCUCUGUGUGUCUCUGUGUGUGUGUGUCUCUGUCUGUGUGUGUCUCUGUGUGUGUGUGUGUGUCUCUGUGUGUGUGUCUCUGUCUGUGUGUGUGUGUGAUAAGCUGUAAAAUAGCUGAAGGUGAAAUCAAUGUUUUUUUUGACUGACUACAUCAUUUGAAACAACUAUUAAAAAUCCGAUAUAUUCACAAAUG